AUGUCUAAUAUCGAUAAUUUGAUUAAACAAAGAACCAUACUCAAGAGUAAACUAACUAGAAUGGCCAAUUGGUUCGGCCAAGAUAAUAAUAAAGAUAGAGAAGAAUGUAGUGCUCGAAAAUGUCAAAUAGAGCAAAUCUUCAGAGACUAUGAACAUGUUCAAACUCAGUUGGAGUUAAUUGACUCUGCCUCAUAUGAAGAGGACAGAGAUAUUGUAGAAACUAAGUAUUUUCAAGUUAUAUCUAUGGCAACGAGAACUAUGAAUCAGUUCAAAAACUCGCCAAGUGAAAAACAUAAUAAGCCCACUACUCAUUCUAGCAUAAAGUUACCGGAAAUUUCGAUUCCUAACUUCUCGGGUGAUAUUAAACAAUGGCCGAGUUUCUUCGAACUAUUCAACGCCCUCAUUACAGACAACGAAAAUUUGUCUGACAUCCAACGGUUGAUGUACUUAAAAUCAGCAUUAUCAAAAGAACCGUUACAACUUAUUGAAAACUUGGAAGUUGUAGGUUUGAAUUUCAAUAUAGCCAUUAACACUUUGAAAGACAGAUAUGAUAAUCCAUAUCUUAUUGUCAACUCUUAUAUUCGUAAACUAUUGAAUGUUCCCUCCUUGACGAAAAGUAAUGAACACGCGUUAAGAGAUUUUAUUACGCAAAUCAAGACAAAUAUCGCUGCCUUGAAAACUUAUAAUUUAUCGGAGAAAUUAACGGAUUUGAUUCUCAUACAAAUUUUCACCCAGAAAUUGGAUUUCACUCUGAAAAAAGAAUUCGAAGAACAAAAGAAUACUUCAGAAUUUCCAACGCUCCCAGAAUUUAUUGGUUUCUUAGAAAAGAAAUAUAAGGUACUCGAAAAUUUAGGUUCAACCGAACAAACAGGUCAUUCGAAAUUCAAAACUUCCCUUAAAUAUGCCAAUACUAAUUCUCAUCAUGCUAAUACGUCGAACAGAACGAACAAAAAUAAAUUUUUCAAAUGUCUCAUGUGUAAUACGGAUGAACAUAAGAUAUAUUCGUGUAGGAAAUUCAUGAAUUUGUCUCCUAACGAUCGUCUCAGUCUAGUGAAAGAAAAAAAUGCUUGUCUGAAUUGUCUUAUGUUGGGUCAUAGUGUACAAUCGUGUUCUAGUCAACACACAUGUUUCAAUUGCCAUAAAAGGCAUCAUAGUUUGCUCCAUUUCAAUAGUACUUCAACUCGCCAUUAUUCUAAUGAAGUUCCUAGUCAAAGAUCCAACAAAGAAGUAUCCAGAUCAAUUAAUCUGUCACAAAUUCAGAAUGAAUCUCAAGCAGUUUCUCAUUUGUCCACCUGUGCUCAACCAACCAUUACAACUCGUAAUGAAAAUAUUAGUCCAGGUAGAAACGUGUCUAGUCUUUCAUCUCUAUCUUCUAAUAAUCAAGUCCUUUUAGCUACUGCCUGUGUAAAAUUGUAUGAUUCAUACAACAAGCAAGUUAUUGUUCGUUGUUUGACUGAUUCCGCAAGUCAAACAUCUUUCAUAACUGAAGAUCUGGUCAACAGACUUCAUCUCGAGCCUUAUAACCAAACAAUUCAAAUUUCUGGCAUCUCACAAAGUUGUUCUAUGUCAAAUAGAAUGAUAGAUCUAACAAUUCAUUCGUUAGUAUACCCUCAUCGACAGUUUAAGGUUUCCUGUGCUAUCCUCAAAAAUAUCACAUGCCAACAACCACAGUCAUAUAUCGACUCGCGUUCUCUCCCCAUUCCUGUUGGCAUUCAAUUAGCGGAUAUCAAAUUCAAUAUCCCUUCCAAUAUUGAUAUUCUCUUAGGUGCAGAUAUAUAUUUUGAAAUUAUUAUGGAUGGCAUUAUCAAAUUAGGUUCAGGACUACCUGUUCUUCAAAAUUCCCACUUAGGUUAUCUAAUUGCAGGAAAAGUCCCACAGUUAGCUCACAGGUCUCGCGCUACUCACUUAGCAUUGGCACAAUCUUCCCAAAAUACAAUUGAAUCUUCAAAAACAAUUGUAAAUCAAGAAGAUACACUAAAUAACAUUCUGACUAAGUUUUGGGAAAUUGAGGAGAUACCUAAUCAAUCCGAACCCAUUUUAUCUUCAGCAGAAGAGAAAGCUGAACGUAUAUUCGAAAAAACAACCAUUCGGUUACCAUCGGGUAGGUUUCAAGUUGACCUACCAUUCAAAACUCCAAACGAACCAUUUAAAUUAGGUGAUUCGUAUUCGCAAGCGAAGAAAAGAUUCUUGAAUCUCGAAAGAAGACUACAGAAUAAUCAGGAACUGAAACAUCAGUAUUCGGAAUUUAUAAACAAUUAUAUAUCCCUAGGACAUGCAAAAUAUGUACCUUUAGUAUUAAAAAAUGAUUUGUUUCAGAACAAAUAUUUCUUCCCUCAUCAUUGCAUAAUGCGUGAGCAAAGCCUCACAACUCAACUUCGAGUAGUUUUCGACGGUUCAAUGAAAUCUUCAUCUGGCCUUUCUAUCAAUGAUAUCAUGCUCAAAGGUUAUACAGUACAACCCGACUUGUUCGAUAUUUUGAUUCGGUUUCGUACGUUCAAAUAUGUUAUAAUUGCAGAUAUUCAAAAAAUGUUCAGACAAAUCAAAAUUAAUUCUAAUCACACUUUUUUGCAAAACAUUCUCUGGCGUGAUAAUCCUCAGGACGAACUGAAGUGCAUAGAAUUACAGACAGUGAGUUAUGGCACAAAUUCUGCUCCUUUCCUUAGCACAAGGUGUCUCAAAGAAUUAGCAAUUCACAACAAAGUCGCAUUUCCUUUGGCAAGUGAAGCACUUCUGCAAGCUUGCUACGUAGAUGAUAUCCUUUAUGGUUGCCAUGAUAUUCCUACUCUAUUUGAGGCACACAAACAACUCACUCAAUGCUUACAAUCAGCGUGUAUAUCUCUCCAUAAAUGGGGAUCUAACUCUCAAGAAUUCUUGAAGAGUAUUUCGUUAAAUUCUCAACAGGAUAAUUAUGUUCUAAAUCCUGAAAAUUCAUCUAAUAAAAUUCUAGGCUUGAUAUGGAACUCUCAUUCUGAUAAAUUCGUUAUUUCAUUACCUACUAUUUCGAUAAAAGAGUCUUAUAGUAAAAGAGAAGUUCUUUCAAUAAUCGCAUCCAUUUAUGACCCUAUAGGAUUGAUAAAUCCCAUUGUUGUAAGGGCAAAAAUUCUUAUGCAGAAAAUUUGGAUUGCAAAAAUCGGUUGGGACGAAAGUAUAAACUCCGAAAUUCUUUCUGAAUGGACAACAUUCUUGGAAAAUCUUUCAAUGCUUUCUAAAUUAGAAAUUCCUAGAACUAUUCUACAGUUUCAUUCCAAUGUCGUUCAAUAUGAAAUUCAUGGAUUCUGUGAUGCCAGUUCACAGGCGUACGCAGCUUGUAUUUAUUUACGUACAUUAUACGCAGAUAAUUCAGUCACUUCACAUCUGAUUACAGCUAAAAGUCGUGUUGCUCCUUUGAAAAUUUUGACUAUACCCAAGCUGGAACUGAUGGGUGCACUACUUCUGUCCACCCUGGUUUCAAAAUUAUCGAAUAUACUGCCAAUUCACUUACGAAAUGUAAAUUCUAUAAAUCUAUGGUCUGAUUCGGAAAUAGUAUUAGCAUGGAUUCGAUCACAUCCAUCACGUUGGUCUGUAUUUGUCUCAAAUCGAAUUGUGCAAAUUCAGGACAAUUCCAAAGAUGCUACUUGGCGACAUAUUCGAUCGCACCUGAAUCCUGCAAAUAUAUUUUCGAGAGAGUCAUUGCCAUCACAAUUAUUUGUCUCAGAUUUAUGGUGGCAGGGUCCCGAUUUUCUUCUUCGAUCAAAUCUAGAUCUAACACCGCCGCUUAAAUGGCCUUUAGCCAGUGUAGUAGAAUUGAUUCCCGGAAAAGAUUCACGCGUUCGCAUUGUUCGUGUUAGAACUCAAGGAGGAACAUUCACUAGAACAAUCACUAAGAUAUGUCCACCUCCAUUCUGCACGGAAAACAUUGACAAUCAAGUAUUAUUAUCAAUAUGA